AUGGCUCAGUACAUUCAUGUUCCAGACCAGGCGCCCGCUGUGCCCAAAAUAGACAUAACCGUGGACGAGAAGGACUACCGCUCUGGCGCACUGAGGCUCAUCCAGGAGCUGCGGCCGAACUGGAAGCCGUCUGAGGUUAAAAUCAAGUUCUUCACUGAUGGAAUAACCAACAAGCUGCUUGGGUGCUAUGUUGGCCCAGUCAUGCAGGACGUGGUUUUGGUCCGUAUUUAUGGAAACAAAACAGAGCUGCUGGUGGACAGAGACAAUGAAGUGAAGAGUUUCCGAGUCCUGCAGGCUCAUCGCUGUGCCCCGGCCCUCUACUGCACCUUCAACAAUGGACUGUGCUAUGAAUUCCUCCAAGGAACUGCCCUGGAGCCUGAACAUAUUCGCAGCCAACCUGUUUUCCGACUCAUUGCUCGGCAACUUGCCAAAUACCAUGCCAUCCAUGCGCACAAUGGCUGGGUGCCCCAGUCUGACAUGUGGAUGAAAAUGGGAAAGUACUUUGCUCUUAUCCCCAAAUGCUUCAAUGAUCCUGAGCGACACACAAGAUUGACUACAGAGGUGCCCAGUCAGUGCUGCCUCAGAAAAGAGCUGAUGUGGCUUCAGCAACACCUGUGUCAGCUGGGCUCCCCUGUCGUGCUCUGCCACAAUGACCUGCUUUGCAAGAACAUCAUUUACAACAAGAAAUCUGGAAAUGUAAAGUUUAUAGACUACGAGUACGCUGGGUACAAUUACCAAGCCUACGACAUUGGGAACCACUUCAACGAGUUUGCAGGUAUAGAUGAGGUGGACUACAACCAGUAUCCUGAGCGGGACUUCCAGCUGCUCUGGCUGCGCUCUUAUCUCGAGGCCUACAAGGAGCACAAGGGCACGGCCUGUGAUGUGACUGACCGAGAGGUGGAGACCUUGUACAUCCAAGUCAACAAGUUUUCGUUGGCUUCUCAUUUCUUCUGGGGACUUUGGGCUCUGAUUCAAGCCAAGGUUUCAACUAUCGACUUUGACUUCUUGGGAUAUGCUGUUCUGCGUUUCAACCAAUAUUUCAAGAUGAAACCUGACGUGGCAGCGCUGACUCUACCCGACUAA